UAUUAACCGCAGCUACCGUCUGCAGUGAGCGGCUGUACGAGCCUACUCUCGGAUCUUGACAGUACACUCCGUGCAUUGAUGGCGGACAGUUCGCUUUCUCAACUCCUGCAAAUCACUCCUUCUUGGAAAAAGUUUAACCAGACCUGGAACUGAUAUAUGGAUGUUGGUAUCGCUGAUGAAGACACAAAAGGAGAUCAACUUUCAUAAAAACCAACUGGAUUUUAACGGCAUGCCUUUAUCAACAAGGAAAGUUCUUCAAUCCAUCUGUUUUAUGAUUUAAUAAACCAGGACCUCAUUAUCAUUAUCAUGUUUCUUGGACUAGUGGAACAUAAUUGCCGAUCCGCAAACAUGGAGAGAACAUUAUCUUUCAGGACUGCACGGUUGAUUAUAGGUUUUAUAUUAACAAUACACUUAGGGGGAGCAGCUUCGAUGAAAUACGUGGAACCUUAUGGAGAUAAUGUUUGUUCUCGAGUCACUAGUGUCACCAAUGUGCAAAGAAUACCAAUGAGUGGUAUACAGACCAAGAAGUUUCGAUACAUGACAAAGUGCAGUGUGUUUGGUGUAGCGAUGUGCAGUAGAUACAGGCUUGUAUACGUGAAUGCCUUUCGUGAGCUGAUAUCGACUCAAUACGCUGUGCGACCUGGGUGUUGUAAAGGUUACCUCCAAGACGGUACUUUGUGUGUAGAGGCGCCACCAACGACAAGUCCCCCUCGGACAUCUACAAGGAACCCUUCUACAGUCAAGACCGAAACGGUGAGGGCGCCCUUUGGCGGCGUGGCUCCAAGAGGAUCAUCGGGUGGCUACCCUAUCAAGGACGGAUCAGGAGCCUCCAAGGGCCAGUCUGGUCAUCAGGAUGAGGUGCUCAUUGAUCAGGAAGGGGGCUACUUCGAAGUGAAUCCUGAUUACAAGGGACCUGCGGUGGACCGAGUAUUGCCUUUGAUUGCGUCUGGUGUUGCAGGGGUCAUUACACUGACCGCUGUGGUAGCGUUCGUGCUGAUAGUCAUUAACAGAAGGAGAAGGAGGAGAAACAAAGUCCAACCGGGAUUUCAUGACUCUGUUCGGUUCCGCACUAACAACCAGCCGAAGGGCACGACUAAGCUCGAGAUGAAACGAAUGUCAACGGAGAAAUCCUCAGCACAUGCCCUGGCGCUUGCUGCUACCAUGACGAAUACAAAGGCAUCCAAGAAAUUCAAGAGAUUGUCUCGAAAAGAUGGACCAUACGUGGAAAUAUCAGAUAUUCCUGGGACAACUUUUGUCAGAGUCACCUCACAGACUGAACAAACGUUACGAGAAGACCUACAGAACAACCAAGUACAUGCUGCAAUCAUUAACAAUAGGAGAAGCUUGAAUGAAUCCCAAAGAAAACAAAGAAGUCCUGUGAAGCGUGGUGGCUCUAUGAAGAUUGUCCCUCAAUACGCCGUGGUCAACAAGCUCAGAAAACCUGACAACGACUGUGAAGAGCUGUUAGCCAACAACAAGAAACAGAAGAAUAAUAAUGACCUUGAGGAGAACCUCCACGGAGCAUACCAUGCAUUUACCCUUGAGCAUCAAGAUACAGGCGAUUUAGCACCGCUCUACGCGGAUCCCAAUCAGAAGCCACAGAACAAGUCGAGUACGUGGGCUUGUCGGGUGGGCUCAAGUCUCAAGGACAGUCCUGUUAAAGGUGCUGGUACACUCACACCAGGGAACGUCCUAGCUCUGGUCAAGCAGAGCAACCUGAGAGAAACCUCAAAACUCUUCACGAGCUGCGGCGGUGGUGUCGGGAGCCGUCGCCUAUCAUCAGGGUACAGCAACAAAGAUGAUGAUUCGGAAAACUCGAGCGGGUACAGCUCACUCCGACAUAGCACCGAGGGAGAACCAGACAACAUGUAUGGGAAGCUAAACCACGCUACCAGCGUGAAACCAACGAGUCCUACAGACACCAAGAGUCAGACAGCCUCGUUAGAAGCAUCAGACGACAACGACUACGAUAAACUUAGACGAGGGCCCAAGUCAAGAACACUGGGGAUGAAGUGGGCUACCUCGGGACACUACGAGACUUUAGGCGUCGACGAAAGCUGAUGUUCACGUUCAUAAAGCUUUUCUAAAGGACAAAAA